AUGAACGUCCGACAUCGUGUCAACGAACUGCGCUCAUACAACGAGUCAGGUGAAGACCUCUUCCUGAAAGACGACGAGCGCGACGGGCAACUACAGCCGACCGCUGCGGACGAAUCCGACACCGAAGACGCUGACACGUCCAACAUUUCUCCUGCCUCCCGAUGGCGGAGGCUUGCAUUCAUCUUCCUAUGCGCUCUGGUCGUUCUUUUCGCAUUUCUGAUACGCGGUAGCUCCAAGAAAAAGCCUGAGACGUUGUACGCAUCCAGGUAUUCGAGGGAAUUCAAAUUUCGCCCCGCUGCAAGCCCAAUCAUCACCGAAACACUCAAAGAUGGUCGAAUGCGACUGCGAGGGGCCACGCCUCCGCCCAAGACUCUUGAAGCGAAAAUCACGCCCACAACGAAAGCGAGGAGGAAGAAGAAGACGGGCACUAGGAAGCCGAAGCGAAAAACAAAUUAG